GUACACUACUGCCAUGGACUAGCUUUGAUUGAAAUCAAAGCUCCAAGUCUUGAAACAUUUUGGUUUUGCGGGAAGAAAAACAUGCCCUGCAAAAUUAACUUGGCUGAAUGCGAGUCUCUGAAAAGACUGACGUUAGAGGACAAUGGAAUGACAGACAACCAGUUUCGUGAUCGGUUCUUUAUGUUUCCUCUCCUGGAGAAACUGGAUCUACAUAAAUGCCUUUACUUGAAAAAUAUAAGAAUUGCAAGCCAUCGGCUGAAAAGGCUAGUCUUAAGAGGUUGCAAGAAGCUAGCGUAUGUUGAAAUUGAUACUACUAAUCUUCUUUCGUUUGAGUAUGAAGGUGAUGAAAUGCCCUUUUCUUUUUUGAAUCCUAUAAGUUUGAAGGAGGCUAAGUUUUCAUUUGCACCAGUGAAAAACGUCAUAUCUGAGCCUGAAUGGUUUCUUAAAAUGCGAAAAUUUCUUGGAAAGCUGGAUCAUAGAGACUUUAAACUGGUUGUUUACACCAAUAAGAAUGUCAUCAUCCAUGAAAAUCUUAGAGAAAUUUCACUUCCUCCAAACUGUGGUCUGAAAUUUGAAUUAGUCCAAUCAUCAGUGGGUACCGAGGAACUAUUAGAUAGUUCAUUGCAGAAACGGCAGCUGGAGACCCUGUCUGUAGUUUGGUCUUCCGGCAGUGAAUUCCUCAAGUUGGUACGUAAGAAGAUUACCAGAAAGGAAGAUCCAACGUGCUGCAUAAGUAUGAAUUCAACCAAUAAAUGUUGGCGACACUUCUUAAAGGAUGCCCGGAUGGUGAACUUGAAAGUGGACAAACACGCGGCUCCAUGGAUGGCGUGGUUGAAGUCACAUCCAAGGGUUAAUGAGAUCACUUGUUUUAGAUUGAAGUGGAAAUCUGACAAAGAUGGUAGGAUGGCGUCCCGCUAAGGUUUACAUUUAACUUGAAUUUUAUUUUUAUGUCACAAUGAAAUCCUAUUUGAAUAUUUUUUUUAUUUUUUUUAAUUUUGGUGUGGAGAUUAUAUGACUAUGGUCUUCCUUCUAAGUUUUUCAUUUAGGUUAGUGAGUUUCCACGAUCUUGUAAAUGAUCGUUUUAACGACUUUAGUUACAAACUCCCUUCUUGUA